GAUUGAAGCAGAUUGGAAGUAAAGAGUGUGAGAAGCGCGUCGCGAUGGCAACCGGACAAGUUUUACUGCUCACUUAGAGAAAGUCCUAUGGCCGAAAAGGGAAGAAGAAGAGACGAGCGGAACACAGGAAGUCGGAAAGUUUGGUCGGAACGACACCUGAUGUGAGAAACACUGAACUUUUUUUUAUUUUAUUUUUUUUUACGUGACAAAAAUGUCCCAGGGAUGUACCCCGGUGGAGGAGAUCCAGUCUUGGUGGGAAGUCCCCGCCGUAGCGCACUUCUGCUCGCUCUUCAGGACGGCUUUCAAUUUACCCGACUUUGAAAUCGAGGAACUGGAAGAAGCACUGCUGAAACAGGACGGCGACUUCCUCUCCGAGCUCGUCUGCUGUCUCCUGCAGGGAUGCUACCAACGAAAAGACAUCACGCCUCAGGCUUUUCGCAGCUACCUGGAGGACAUAAUCAACUACCGCUGGGAGCUGGAGGAGGGUAAACCAAACCCUCUGAAACAGAGCUCGUUUGAGGAGCUCCCAGUGCGUACACAGGUGGAGAUCCUGCACAGACUGUGUGACUACCGCUUGGAUGCCGCCGACGUCUUCGACCUCCUUAAGGGGCUGGAGGCAGACAGCUUGCGUGUCGAGCCUCUCGGUCAGGAUGGACAUGGUGCCCUUUACUGGUACUUCUAUGGCACUCGCCUGUACAAAGAGGAACCUGUCAAGAAGUCCCUUCAGCUCGGUGAAAUCUCUGAAAUAAGAGCGCCUGAGAAGAAAAGGAGGGGAAGACCACCGAAGAAGAAGCUUGAGGAUUCGCCAUCCAUUGAGAUUGAAUCUCCAGGAGGCGAAGAGAACAGAGAGGAGGAGCCACAGCCGUGCAAAGAACAACGUAAGCGUGGAACCUGGUCUCUGGUGUGUGAAAACGAAGAGCAGUGGACCAGGCUGGCCGAAAGCAUUAAGGACAAAAUCUCUCCUCAGGACCGGCACCUGUUUCGCAUUAUUACCCAGAACUUCCUGCCUGAGAUCAGAAGCAUGAUUGAGCACAAGGAGAAAGAACAGCUACAGAAACUGAUGAAUCCUCCUGCACGGAAUUCUCUUUUCAGACUUCCAGACAAGCAUGUCGUGAAUAAGGAGGAGGCUGUUUCUGAGGUGGACCUGAAACAGAGAGAGGAGGACAUGGAAAGGCAGGCUUUACUCGCCGAACAUCGGCGAGAAGAAGAGCUAUUCCAGCAAGAAGAACGAGAGCGAGAGGAGCUGGAGCGGGCCAAAGCAGCCGAAGAACGAUCUCGGCGAAGAAAGCAGCGCGAGGAGAGGGUGUGGCUGCUCUCUCAGGGGAAGGACCUGCCGGCUGAGCUGCUCCACCUGGAACCACACUCGCCCGUCCGCCGCACACGCCGUACCAACGAGCUCUACGAUAUCGAUGACGACUACGCCGCCCUCUAUAAAGUGCUGGAGUCUCUGAAGGCUCACAAAGACGCUUGGCCCUUCCUGGAGCCUGUGGACGAAUCGUACGCCCCUAACUAUCACGAGAUCAUCCAGACUCCCAUGGAUCUGUCCACCAUCGAGCGAAAGUUGAAUGAAGGAGAGUACGUUGCGAAGGAUGAGUUCAUUGCUGACGUGAAGCUCAUGUUCAAGAACUGCCUCGAGUACAACGGAGAGGAGAGCGAGUACACAAUAAUGGCGGAGUCCCUGGAGCGCUGUUUCAGCCGAGCCCUUCUGAAACACUUCCCCUCCGAGGAAGGCGACACCGACGAGGAGUUCCAUUUAAGCAAGGAGGACCGUGACCGUGAGCGCAAGGACAAGAAGAAGAGCAAGGGCGGUCGCCAGUCGGGGCCCGAGAGCCUGAUCCGGGCCACGGAACAAGUGCAGAAACGUAAAACAUCCGGCGGGAUUAAAGGAGUCAACCAUCCCCAGGAGAAUGGCUCCAAAUCCGCCCCCGGACCCCCUGGUUUCCAGUUUACCAAUCUACCCGGGUACCCUCCCAACCUAAACCCGGGACAGCCUCGCUCUGGGAACGAUCCAGCGCACGGCAUGUACCAUCCUUCACAGCAGCACCAGCUCCAGCGGCACCCAGGACCUCCAGGUCCAGGGAUGUAUGGCCAGGGUAUGAUGAUGGACCCCCGAUAUCAAUACCCAGGACAGAGAUCUUUCAUGGGUAGGGGUCCCGGAGAGCACGGCCCCCAACACAUGGCUCAUUAUCCUAUGCAGGGUCCACCUACCAACGGUCCACACUUUGGUCCAAGAUACCCAAUGGGGCCAGAUUCUCGCCACCUUCAGCCUCAACACCAACAGCAUUCCUACAUCGGCCCCACUCAUGGCCCAUCACUGGGCCCAAGACCAGUCGCUCUUCAGUCUGGAGGAUUGUGUACCACUCCAUCCGAGGGUGACAUGUUUCGACCUCACCAUAACCCAGAUGGGCAGCCUAUGCACCCGAUGGGAAAUAGCUACCCUCGACCCUUACACAACUCCUUCGCACCUUAUGGUCCUCCACCUGCUCCAUACAGUUCUUGGCCAGGCUCAACCCAGCAGCAGCCUAGACAACCAAUGAUGCAGGAGCAGGCUAUGGGUGGUGGACAGCAUGGUCCAUACACUCAUGGUAUGAUGCGUCCCCCACACAGUGCCGGAUUUCCCCCUUCCAAUGGUCAAUACAGGAUGCCAGCAGCAGUUAGCUCCCAGGGACCCAUGGCCCAGAGACCUCAGAUGACCCCUCAAGAGCCCAGGCUACAUGUGGGAUCAAUGAUGGACAGCCCGGAGAUGAUUGCCCUGCAGCAGCUGUCCGCAUCAUCGUCCUGUCUUAACGUCGGUUACCCACCACCUCCAGCUAGGAAUGCUAGUGUUGCAGCAUCUCCUGAAAACCAGAACUCUGUUGGAGAUAACCAAAGUGAUGACGGUGUGUCCAAAGGUUUGGCGGUAGACCUGGCAAAUAAACCACAGAGCGAGGAGUCCAAUUGCUCAUCUCAUCCUGGUCCAGCUAAAGUCCCCAAACCCCCCAAUUGUACCCAACCGAGCUCUAGUGCAUCACUGUGGGGUGGCUCACCACACAAGACAUCAGUAGAGAUUGCACAAACCUUGCUAUCCACACCAAAAAAAGACGGGCCACAACUGAAAGGAGAGAGCAACACAAAGGAAAAUCUACUCCCACCCCAAAACAGUCCUGUUUCUCAAAAUCAACCACAGUCUGAAACUCAAAGUCAUGGUUCCUCUAUGCACCCUACUAAUAACGGUACUGUGAAUAUCACUCAGAAAACCUCGGAUAUCUCUGAACAAAUGUCUUCCACUAUUUCUCCAGGGUUCUCUCAAAAUGGUUUACAGGAUAUUCCCCAAAGAAUGUUGCAGAGCCACGCUCAGCUGGUCCCUCCAGGGGGAUCACUACACACGUCUUCCAAUGCUCCACACCAGCAGAUACCCCAAAACGGAUCUGCUCGAGGUGAGCAGCCAGGGCCUCUCCAUGGCAUGCCUCAGUCUGUUCUUCAGGGCUCAAAACCUGGUGCUCAACACCCUGCCACUUUUACUUCACUGCCCCCUAGCCACCCUGUUUCCCAACCACUUGCUCAGCCCUCGCCUGGGGAGCGUGCUGACCAGAGACCUAGUGAGCCUACUCGGGACCCCGAGGGGAGCUCUGGUGGUCCCAGUAUAAAAAAUAACAAUGCUAGCAGACAUAACAAACAAACAGAGGAACAAACCCAGCUAAACAGGCCAGAACAGUCCACAGCCCAUAGUCAGACACCACCAAACCACCCUCACGGUCCUGAAAGCAACUCUGUGGCUCAGUAUGGCAUGUCCAAUCUGCAUUACAGCAAAUACAUAGGCAGACCAGUGCCCCCUUCUGGCCGUCCACCGUACCCAAACCAAGCAACACAGUCUCAGUCUAUGAGCCCUCACAAUCCUGUUCAUUGCUCUUCAUAUCAGCAAGGUGCAGUGUAUCAGUAUCACAUGGGCCCACAGCACCCUCAGGUGCAUCCCAACAUGCACGCUUCGUACCAGCAGCAACAGCAGUACUAUCCUCAGCACCAGCAAAACACCAGACCUGGUUUCUCUGCAAGAGAAUGGCCUAGACCCCAGUUUCAGACUCAUCCCUCCAUGAUGCCCAAUGCUUACUUACCUCCUGCAGGUCCUGGCAUCAGUAGUCGGCAGAAGGACAACACCAUGUCUCCUCUCGGUUUGGAUGGUUCCAUUGUAUCGCCAAAUCUUGUCCCCGAUGUAUCCCAAGGCACUGAGAAUCGGGAAGGCGCCACGCCGGCAAAACAGGCCAGGACAGAGGAGAACUCGGAUCUGCCCGAAAGCCCGAAAGAGAUACUGGAUUUAGACAGCCACAAUGCGGCAGCUCACAGACGCACCUCGGCUCAGCCUCAGCACAACUACCCCUAUGAUCCUCGGGCCAUGCAUCCCAGCGUGCAGCAGGGCGGAGCUCCCCCAAUUCAUAGCGUACAAGGUGGACCAUAUUCAAGGCCUCAAAACCCAAGCGGGCAUUUUGGUCCUCACAGUCUUCACCCGCACUUGAUGGAGGCACUGCAGAGGCCCCAGCACCUGCCCUACACGCAAGGGCAGACUAUGUACAGGCACCCGCAUGCCGCAGGCCACUUCCAAGACAUGAUGUUUCCUCAGAGAAGCAUGGUACCCGAUCGAAUGUUUCAUCCACGGCAACACCUGAUGGGUGCGCCAGUUCCCCCUGGUCCUAGCAGUAAGCAGGGAGUGUGAAAGGUGAAGGACAAUACGGACAAAACAAUCACAAAACGGAAAACUCACAUGUCUAGGCGCAUGUGUUUCUGUGGUUUUUUUUUUUUUUUUUUUUUGGACUUGAUCGAAAUGUAAAUCUUCCUCUGGACUGCGUAAAGAUGAGCGCUACAGGGACCGCCAAACUUUGCUGACGCUCAUCAGUGCCGAGACGUUGUCAGGACCGCCACUUGCCCUCAAUGUAUAUAUGCUUUCAAAAUCUGAGAGCUUCUGCACUUUGGUGGCGAGUACUGACCCUCCAACCCGGUAGGAAGUCCAGCUCACAGUAUCCUCUGCAUGCACAGCGAAAAAGGAAGGACAUCAAAGGAGGGUUUGCGGAUUCGCAUGGAUUCGUUCCUUUCCGAAGUUAAACUCAGGUGCUUGGGGGGGAAAAAAAAAGAGAAGGUACUUGGAUGCGUCUCCAUUUUCCUUACGGACACACUGGAAACCGCUGCCUUUUGCGUUUGCAUUAUCGUUGAAUGUCGUGUGUGUGUGUGUGUGUGUGUGUGUGUGUAUGAACUGACGCUAAUGUAAAAGUCCAGUAUGGCGAGUGGAUCAGCUGACUGUCCUCAUUCAGACUUUUUUCCACUUAAUCCUGCAAUAUGUUAGCUCACGUUCACACUAGCAAGCGAUCAUUCGUUAGUUCUGCAAGUUCAUACGACUUAAUGACGGCCGCAUUCUAAAUCGGUGCGGUAAAUUGACAUCAAAAUGAUUCAUCAGACUGGUCACAUGGUCUGUUUCUUCAGUUUCCUUUCAAAUGCAUAACGGAUACAUGCAUUGUUGUAUACAAAACUAAUGCACCCAAUUCCCAAAACUGCCAGCGAACAUCUAACAUAUAAAGCAAAUACAAAUGUAAACAAAUUUUUAACAAAAGUGGGUGUGUCUUAAUUGAACACCCCCCCCCAAUCGACAAGCUGAUGUGAACGUGGGCUCUCGCAAUCUUUAAACCCUGUCUCAGCUUAUAGAAUGUGUUCAGACUCAGAGCGCUUUGUCGCACCUCUUUUAUGCACUAGAGAUAGUCAUUAUUACUGGAAUUUAGUGGCCUUGGAUGUAGACGUGUGCUACUGUGUAUAUCAAUGAGAGUUUGUUUGUUUGUUUGUUUUUUUUCCCCCCUUGUAUGCUAGUUUAUAUAUCACACCCAGCCAACAGGGGGAGACAUGUAAACUGUCCCACUCUUCCUUUUUUCAUGUAUAUAAUUCUUACGGUUUUUGUCGGAAAACAGCAUCGAUCUUUACAACUGUGAAAGUACGAGACAAUUCUUAGAUCACUUUAAAUCAGAAAUGUUAGGUUUUUUUGUUUUUUUGUAUUAUAUUUUGGUGCUUCCUCUUUCACUCUAUUCGUCCUCAGGGUGUCGCGCUUUUAAUACGGGUAUAAACGAAUCAACUUUUCAAAGGGGAAUUGACGAAAAUGGGACUACGACUGGAACUGUGAUGAUUACUCCACCUCAGCUAAUGUAAAGCCAGUGAUUCUUUUUUUGUUUUGUUUUUCAACUUGAUUUCUAUAAUCAAUGACCUUUAUUUUAUUAAACAUUUCCUUUUGCAGCCUUUUGUGUGAAACGGAAAGAACCUGAAA